GAAACUCAGUAGAUCGACCUCCCCAAGGCGCAAAGGCAUCCCGGGGCCACUUCACCUGUGGGAUGACUUAACUGUGUGAAACAGGACUUGCAGAGGCAGUUCGGAUGCUCAGAGCACCACAGUGUGCUCUGCUGAUAAGCUGACACGCAGUCCAAAGCUGAAGCUGCAGGUAUAAGACAAAAAAGAAAAAACACUUCGAGGUUUCUCCAGAGAACUCCGGCGCGUCCCGCUUCUCUCCGGUUGGACCCGACGCACGGACUCGUUGCCCCAGCAGAGCUCUGAGGGGGCCCUCGGUUGCGUGUGUUGCGUGUCCGACAUACAAGUCAGCGACAGGACUUAAAAGCCUGCUGUCAGGAUGAUGUCCUACAUAAAGCAACCCCAUUACACCAUGAACGGGUUAAAUAUGCCUGGCCCCGGAAUGGAUGUGCUACACACAACCAUCGCGUAUCCAUCCACUCCCCGGAAGCAGCGCCGAGAACGCACCACCUUCACCCGAACACAGCUGGACAUCCUUGAGGCGUUGUUCUCGAAGACCCGCUACCCAGACAUCUUCAUGAGGGAGGAGGUGGCCCUCAAGAUCAACCUGCCUGAGUCACGUGUACAGGUUUGGUUUAAAAACCGCCGUGCCAAGUGUCGUCAGCAGCAGCAGCAGAGCAGUGGGCAGUCCAAGCCUCGCCCUCCCAAAAAGAAGGCCUCUCCAGUGCAGGAACCCAGUGCCCCUGAUCCGGUUCCCAACCCGUCGGGCUCCUACAGCCCGUCCUCUGUCCAGUCAGGCCCCAGCCUGGUCCCGAGCUCCAGCACUGGAAACACAGCUGUGUCCAUCUGGAGCCCGGCCAUCUCGCCCCUGCCGGACCCCCUGGCCUCCUCUUCGGCCCCCUGCAUGCAGCGGCCCUCCCCUUACCCCAUGAGCUACGGCCAGCCGUCGGCCUACACCCAAGGCUACGCCAGCACCACUUCCUACUUCACCGGCCUGGACUGCAGCGCCUACCUGUCCCCCAUGCACUCGCAGCUGUCAGGCACCGUGGGCGCCCUCAGCCCCAUCACUGUGCCCUCGAUGGGGGGCUCCCUAAGCCAGUCCCCGGCCUCGCUGUCCUCACAGGGCUACAGCACGGCCUCCUCUCUGGGCUUCACCUCUGUUGACUGCCUGGACUACAAGGACCAGCAGGCCUGGAAACUGGGCUUCACCACAAUGGACUGCCUGGACCACAAGGACCAAAACUCCUGGAAGUUCCAGGUCCUCUAAGAAAGCAAGACAGGGUGGUGUUCGUGUGUGUGUCAACAAGUCCCAUGUGAGAUAGUGUGAAGCAGGACUUGUUCUCUUUGGUUUUCAGUUUCUUGUUGUAAGAUUUUGUUUUAUUUUCUAAAGGGAACCUCUGUAGAAAUGCAUUUUAUCUGAACUACGUUGGAGAUGAAGGGACCAGUGGCUGUCAUCAAUGCUGCCUGACUGCAAAUCAUAUCAGUCGUCUUCUUCAUGUUAGGUUAAAUAAGUGAGCAAAAGCCUUUAAAGAGUUUGUAGGAAAACACUGGAGCCGUACAUAUGGAAACACACUGAGCCAUCUCUUCUUUUAACACACAUAAACACACACACACACGUGUGUUUUCAUUUUGUUUUAAACAUGCAUUGUCAUAGAGGGAAAGGAGCGCUGCUUUGACAGGAAGUAGCUCCGGUGUCCCGUAGGUCACUUCCCCCGUCAGGGUUUAAUUCUUUUGAGGUAUUUAUUCUUAUUAUUUUACGCUACAUUUAAAAUAUGUAGUUUGGAUGCGUUUAGAUAAUUCUGAGCAUUUGUGUUGCAUAUUACAGUGUUAGCCUUUAGUGUUAUCAUCCCAAUCUGUUUGAUGGAAACAAUAGAUCUUCUGUUUUUAGUUGUGUGACAUAUUAAAGUGAUCUCUUCUUUA